CCCCCUACCCCUUCUUCAAAGAAACCCACUAACAACAUUUGACGUCCUUCCAAAACGCAUUAUUCUCCGUACGUGCCAAGUGUAUAAAGUCAGUUAUUAGGAAAAGGCGAUUUGAUUGUGAUAGGGCAGCGAUCGCUUCUCCCUUUUCCUUCCUGUCGUGGCUGCGCGCUGCGAGGCUAUUCGGUGUCAGUCCAAGUGGCGAGUGCCUGUCCUGGACUUAUAGAUGCGUGUGUGCACCGAGUCUCGUUCUCCUUUGUCUCUCGUGAAAAAUAAAUACUUCCGCUGGAUGUAAUAAAACGCCGCAUUAUUGUUCAUAACUGCACUCGGGACGAACAUGAUACGACUCAAACGGCCUCUCCGGCCAUGGUUAUAUGGGCCUGAUCAAAGCCAGUGGUCAGAGUAAACUGUUUUGAGGAUACUAUAGCCGGGCAGCUGUGAAAAUGAAGAUUUAAUAGCUACAAUUAAUAACUGUAACGCAAAGAUAUCGAUACCCCCCCACGCCAGUGCAGCACCACGAAGUGUGCAGGGCCAAAAACGAUUUAAUACUCGGCGCGCAUAAUUAAUCGAUGUAUUUGGUUUCCUCCCUGGCUCAUGUGUCGCACCAGGAACAGGCCACUGUGGGGAAGAGUACACGGACUUUGGACCCGUUGCUGUUAGUUUGUCUGUCUUUUAGUGGCCUAACACUGUUGUGAAUUAUUUUAUGGUUUUGGGGGAAUUUGAUAACGGGCGCAAACGCUCGGCGCACGGAAUUCGUCUUUAAAACUGCCGCACUGCAGAACGUGCUCUUUGCUGUGCACAUUUCCAUAAUAUAUCAUUUUGCUUUUUUUAAACGGGUCAUUGUACUAUAGUCGUAUAAAUAACCUACAAGCAGGCAGUCAUUUAAGCCAUUUGAAAUAUGUGCGUUUUUGAGCGGCAGCGAUUGACAAACGUCCACCGGCGACGCGCCGGGGCCUAAGCCAUUGUACAUAAAUGAGCUGUCAAUGGCGUAGCGUUUUAAAAACCUAAAUGGGUUCAAUUUAUGAAUUUCUCCCAAAUUUGCUCAUUUCAGUACAACCGGCUGCAAAUACACCCGGGGGGCUCGCGGCCACCUGGGCCUGGUAAUGGCAAAGCUGGCCGAGAUUAACUUUCAACCUGAAGAGAGAGGGAGAGCAAUAGAGUGCACAUGUCCAAGGACACUGCGAGAUGGAGGGAGAGUUUUAUUGUGGCCCUUAUUGGCCCAAAUUGGACCGACAGGGUGACUUGUAUGUGCAAGCUUUAUGUCUGCUUAGCGCCUGGCCCGCGGUGACCGCUCCCAACCAACGCCGUGAUCAAUAUUUCAGCAGUUUCACGAAUGUAAAUUUGUAUUCUGAGCAUAGUUUUUUCCCCCCAUUAUCUGAUGUUUUAUAUGGAGUGCAAAUUGAUGUUGCUGCAAAACGAAAUUACAGAUUUGUCCAGAUGUGAUUUGAAGCAAAGUUUCAGAUUUAACAUUAUUUCUGUGUGUGUGUGUUGUGCGCGAUGACUUCGGGUGGAGAUGAACUCGCAUCCACAUACUGAACUAGUGAAAAUGUACAUACACACACUACUCAUACAAAAGCAGUUGAAUAAAAAAAAAAAAAAUGUUUAAUAUGUUAAAUGUAAAAUAUAAAUCAUAUGAGUGGCAUUAUUUAAUGAAUCAAGGAGAGAAACCCAGUGCGUCAUUUAGACUCUUAAGUAUGAAUUUUCUCUCGGGAUGUAACCAUUCCUAUUAUAUUAGGUAUUUCGGGAACGCCAUAAUCAGUCAAAUAUUAAAUUAAUUAUUUUCUGUAGCCUUUAAAUUGUUUUUUUUCUCCCGUCAAAGUAAAUUCAAUUGCUUUUACAUGUGACAAGGAAAUGCUCUGUCUUUGUUUACGCACGCGGGCAUGGCUUUGCUGGUUUAGAUCUUUAAAUAUGACUGCAUAUUAGUCCAAAUUAUUAGGUUAAUAUGGAUUAUGUUUGACGUAGUACAGUAUUUUAAUUGUUGAAAAAUAACCAUGAGUAAACGUCUCGAUUUAUAACUAUGGGUGGCGGUACCUGUGGGAAAUGGAUUAAGGAAAAUCUGGAAGCGAAAAGACCAUAAGAAAACAGUUGGAUAUUAGCUACUUACUAGCUACUAACUAUCUUCGGGCAAGAUUAGUCUUAACAUAUUUGCGUUUUAGUGCGGAAGCAGUCGGACUGUUUUGGGGGCUAAAGGAUGCGCCGCUUUUUUUUGCCAAGUGAAAUUGCCAAAGGCGAAUUUUCCCUGCAGUUCAAAACACUUUAUUGCCGCCAGGUCCUGUGGCUUUGUUACUUUAUGUCUUUGUUGGUGGCUUUCAGCAGCCCUAAACUUUUAAACUUGAUUUGCCUCCCUGAGGUCACAUCGUCUUCAUGUAAAGUAGUGUUUUUAAUUCAUUUAUUGUAACGAGGGGGAGUUGUAUUGUUUAUCUUUUUAUUUGAACCAUGUGACAGUCUCUUGCUCAUUAGUACACAGUACUAAGUUUUUUUUGUAAAUAUGUGAUGCUUCUAACUGUCACAUCCACUGGUGUAGCCCAAUGGAUGUGACUCGCACCUAUAGGGGCCAUCAGUGCAUCCAGACAUCAUUCGACAGCUCCAUGACGGAUAUCGCUCCGGCUGCUACGUAGCCGCGGAGUGGGAGGGGACUGCCCGUCUUCCAGCGUUUCCAUUGGUUUUACAGUCCGCACGGCGGCGAAGGGGGGGUGCCGCUAAUCAUAACCAACAUGUUUUGUACAAGAAAUGUCAGCCAGAAAGGGCUAUCUUCUCCCUUCGCCAAAAUACACCACAAUAAUGUCAUGUUCGGACAGCCCGUCAGGAAACGCGUUCCUAGUGGAUUCUCUGAUCAGUGGCCGCUCGGAGAAUGGCGGAGGUCACUACACGGGGAGCGCAGUGUGCGUGCCUCAUAGUGCCGCUGCAGAAGUGCCUUACGGACUACACAACUAUGGAUACUUCCCAGGUAUGGGUAAGCGGGGCGAGGUGGGCGCACAGAACAUGGUUGCAGCCUCGGGGGCGUACAUGUCCAGCAUGGAGAUGUGGAUGGACGCGCAGAGGUCAUGUCGAAUGGAUCAAGAGCACCCGGUAGGUCCCCAGGUCGCGCCCUGCUCGUUCCCGCAGAACAUUAAGGAAGAAAGCACCUACUGCCUGUAUGAGCAGCCGAAGUGCCCUAAAGCCUCCACCGCCGAAGAUCUCACAUAUUCGAGGUUAACACCCGCCGGCCUCGGGUCGAGCUCUUGCACAGUAACCGAUGGCGGCGGCGGCAGGGGCUCAGUGCCUGUGCCGGGCUACUUCCGCUUGUCUCAGACGCACGCACAUUCUCAUAAACUUUACAACACCAACGGCCCCCAACCGAACCCUUCCCAUUCUCAUUUUGGCCUACACCCCACUGCUCCGGCUCGUUUCCACACGCCACCAACCUCGACUGCUGCUCCGGCCGCGGCGCAGGAGGAGCGGACCACCGAGGAGCCCAUAUCCUCGGCGAAAGCUGCCGUGCAGCCUCGCGCUCCGCCGGGGGCCGAGGAGACGAGGGAGUCCUCGGAUGCAGAAGCGUCCUCAGCCGACGACGCAGAGGAGAAUGACAAUCGGAGACCGGCGAAGACCACUAAAGGAGACGCAAAAAGUGAAAACAUGGCCAACUGGCUGACGGCAAAGAGCGGCCGGAAGAAACGCUGCCCAUACACCAAGCACCAGACACUGGAGCUGGAGAAGGAGUUCCUCUUCAACAUGUACCUGACCCGAGAGCGCCGCCUAGAGAUCAGUAAAAGCGUCCACUUGACGGACAGACAGGUCAAAAUCUGGUUCCAGAACCGCAGGAUGAAACUGAAGAAAAUGACGCGGGAAAACCGGAUCCGGGAGCUCACCUCCAACUACGGAUUUUCAUGAUGAACCAAGAACGUGACAUCACACUUGAAACAAGAAGAGAAUUGGUGAAAUCUAAUACACCCACCCUCUCCACUCUUCCUCCAUCACCCCCAAUCCCCCACCCCCUUACCACUUCGUCCACAUGACUCAUUUUGACUUUGGGGUACAACUUUUUUAAUUUUAUUUCCAGACACGCUUAAUGUCAUUACAUCGUCCCCUGUGAGCUACUGAGAAAAGAAAAAGGAUUAAAAAAGAAAGAAAGAUAUUAUCUGAUUGUUUUCUGAUGUCGUGUUUUUGUAUUGUCAACACGUCUCUGUCACUUAUGUCGUAUGUUUGGAUUGUGUCGUCAGUGGAGUUGAAUCAAUUACAGUUAAAAAAAAAGACACACGAACACACACACACACACACACACACACACACACACACACACACACUCUGCCCUGAAAGGUGGUUUAAUUUCCCCCCACAUAUUCCCACCACCGAUAAACGAUAAUCUUUCCUCCCCCAUUAGUCAAACAAAUAUGAAUUUGUUUUUAUAAUUGGAAUUGCAUGAUAUACAGUUUUUUCUACCUUCUAUUUUUUUUCCCUUUGUAAAGCGAUUUUUAAACCACUCUGGAAUAUAACACCCAAUGUAUCACCAUGGGGAAGAGUGAAUCCAUCUAUGGCCAUUAGAUGUAAUCCACCAUGGUAUAGAUCUAAUCUAUGUACGAGCUUAAUGUAUAAACCGAAUCUUUAAUCAUGUCGAGGACGUUUACACACGAAAAAGAAAAACGGCGCGCGAAGUGAAGGAGGACUGUUUUUAUUGUAUAUUUCUGUGUACAUAUGACAUUGUGUUUUUUUGUGUAAUGCUUAAUAAAUUAUCAGCUCGCAUUUAA